CGCCGUAGAAGGCAGGCCCUUAGGGUAAGAUGGCCGCGGGAAGUUUUGCUUCCCGCCUCAGGGGCUCCCGGCGCUUUCUGAGUGUCUUCGUGGCCGGGGCUGUGGUGGGCGCCGCGGGAGGCGGGUUCACGGCCCUGCAGGUGCUCCGGAGUCAGGGCGCUGAGGCAGCGUUGGCGGUGAGGGAGCCCGACGGUUGUGCAGAAAAGGCUCUCUUGGAACAAUUUGGAGUCCCUUUAACUGGAACAGAGACUAGGCGUUACACUAAUCAUGCCUUGUCUUAUGAUCAGUCGAAGCGGGUGCCUAGAUGGGUACUUGAACAUAUAUCCAAAAGCAAGAUAAUGGGUGAUGCCGACAGAAAACAUUGUAAAUUUAAGCCUGAUCCCAACAUCCCUCCAACCUUCAGUGCCUUCAAUGAAGACUAUGUUGGGAGUGGGUGGUCACGAGGACACAUGGCUCCAGCAGGAAAUAACAAAUUUUCAUCUCAAGCCAUGGCUGAAACCUUUUACCUUUCUAAUAUUGUGCCUCAGAAUUUUGAUAAUAAUGCUGGAUAUUGGAACAGAAUGGAAAUGUACUGUCGAGAACUGACGGAGAGGUUUGAAGAUGUUUGGAUCGUAUCUGGUCCGUUGACUUUACCUCAGACUGGAAGUGAUGGAAAGAAAACAGUUAGUUACCAGGUGAUCGGUGAGGAUAAUGUGGCGGUCCCCUCGCACCUUUAUAAGGUGAUCCUGGCUCGCAGAAGCCCAGCGUCCGCUGAACCACUGGCACUAGGGGCCUUCGUGGUGCCCAAUGAAGCCAUUGGCUUCCAACGCCAGCUAAGUGAAUUCCAAGUGAGUCUUCAGGACCUGGAGAAGUUAUCCGGACUGGUGUUUUUUCCUCAUUUGGAUAGAACUGGUGGCAUCAGGAAUAUCUGCUCUGUGGACACCUGUAAACUCCUGGAUUUCCAGGAGUUCACCCUGUACCUGAGCACGAGAAAGAUUGAGGGAGCCCGAUCAGUAUCCAGACUGGAAAAGGUCAUGGAAAAUUUGAAGAACGCAGGGGUUGAACCAGAUGAUUACUUCAUGAACCGCUACAAGAAGAAACUAGAAGAACUCCAAGCCAAGGAGCAGUCAGGACCCCUGACUGGGGAGACAAAGCCAUCUUAGUUGCCAUCUCGGAAGACGUGCGAGAGCACCUCUAACGAAGCGUGUGUGUCCUCUCCAGGCUAAUGUAUUUUCGUGGCUUGGCUUUAAAGAAAUUACGAACUCCUAAACGUAAGACUAAAUUUCUCUCCAGAGAUAAAAGAUCCAAAAGAUGAGAGAUCAGUAUUUUAUUUGACGUGGGAACUAAUUAAGGAAACCGUGAGGUCUGCAGGUUGUGUGCUGAUCUUGUGUCAGUUCACAGGACUCUGACCGCAAGAUGACAUUGUUUUUGUGUCCCUCUGGACGUCAGCACGUGAACGCAUUUUGUCUUUGUGCCUCCAGGUCACGCACUGCGUGUGAUGUAUCUGCUCAGCUGUCUUCAA